CGCGUCGCUGGAGCAGAACCGGAACCAGGAGCAGAACCGGAACCAUGGAGAAGAUUAAAGUCAUUGUUCAGUUCAUAAACCUUACAGGAGUUCUGUGUGCAGUGUGUGUGUGUGUGGGGUUUAUUCACUCCGCUCACUCCGUCACACCGUCACCCACACUACCUCCUGUCACACACCCGUGCAGCUCUGCCUCCAGCUGUGACUCCUGCCUGAAGAAUGUCUCUUGUUUGUGGUGUUACACUAAUAACACCUGUACACUUUAUCCCGUGUCUCAUCUGCUGCCUCCUGCCUCAGUGUGUAAACUGUCUCAGGCCCGCUGGGGGGUGUGUUCAGUUAACUUUGAGGCUCUGAUCAUCGCGAUGGCCGUGAUCCUGGGUCUGAUCCUGCUGGUCAUCACCGUGUGCUGCUGCUACUGCUGCUGCCGCUGUGGGCGAUCAUCACGGUCAGCACGUAUAGAGGAGGACAUUGCUCGGAAGAGAGAGAGAGAGAGACAGGCUGAUGAGCGGAGGGCUGAGCGCAGGUCAAGAUACAGUGAGAUCCGGAAGAAGUACGGUUUAAUGUCGGACUCCGAUCACCCGUACAGCAAGUUUGAGAACGAGUGAGACGGGAGUGAGACGGGAGUGAGACAUCUGACUGAUUAAUGUUUGCUUUUAUCACCAUAAAUGAAGAAUCUGAUUAACCUGAUUACGUUUAAUGUCUAUUCAAAUUGCAAUGUCAUGCUGAUGCGAGUGUGUGUGUGUGUGUGAGAGUGUGUGGUUUUAAACAUUGCUGUGCUAUUGUGUGCUCUAAUUCAAUGUUUCCUAAUAAACUUCCACUUUUACCUUU